AUCAGACUGUGGGGGGGAGGAGAGCAGCAGCAGCAGCAGCAACCAGCUUGUGACUCCGUCAAGUGCGCGGGCCUGAUAAAAUGCCCGUAAUAUCGACACGCUUUUAUAGUGUUCUACACCUUGACCAGAAUGCCAGAUCUUGUAUUUUACGACAGAGGAGAACGAUCAUUCUUUAGAAAAACUCGUAGUAAUGCCAUUGUGAAACUAGUACGAGAACAAUAUAUACGCGGUGACAUUCCUUGCAUGUCCGAACAUUGUCCGGCAACGCCCCCUUGCCAACGAACACUGGACAACAACAGCACAAACGAUCCGAAACAUGAAGGAUUCUUAAGUGCUGAUGCAGACCAUUACCUGAUCCCUGACAUGUCGAUUGUCAUGAGGUAUCUGGAAAUCUUGGAGCAAGAAGAAAUCACAGGCAUUAUUCUAAGCCAAACCAUCAUCACUUCGCUACAACAGCACGACAAGACGCGAAUGUAUCGCAAACUACGCCAAAUUAUCAAUGACACACGACGUAACAGUGUUGUGUUUUACAACGAAGUGUUUGCAGACACCCGUGUUCCACGCCUAGCAGGUGAAACAGCUGCUGAACGUGAUUGGCGCGCACUGUGCAAAAUGGCCGAUUGGUACAGCACCCAUCUCGGAAAGCCUAUCGUAUUGCUUUCCGAAGUGUUUACAAAAACAACGAGUCGUGUCCAGAAGCAGCAACAUCACGAUGAUGACGAGCAAGAGAAUGGUCUACUCUGUGUUCGCACCAUGAAACAGUACAUUGACCAGUAUUGGGGAGACCAUGCGCUAUUUCAAAAUUUAGCACAGGUUUUGGCUGAGGCUGUUUUGGAAGAUGACCUGGAACGGAUCCGGGUCUCGUCUGCUGCUGUUGGAGGAAAGAAGUCGGAACCGGCCGUGUCUGGCUACACAGAGUAUAAACCCAUGGAGGAAUUGGAGGCCGGGAUCAAGUCGUCAAGGUACUUUUCAGGAACCCUGAGAUGUAGAUCCGGGACGCGCGACAUGGGUUAUGUUAAUGGAGGUCAAAAACUCGAGAAGGAUAUCCUGAUUGUGGGCUCGGAAAAUACCAACCGCGCAGUGCAUGGCGAUUUGGUGGUCGUGGAGCUAUUGUCAGAAAACAAUUGGACAACAGCUUCCAGCACGAUAGCAUAUGGCGGCGGCAGUACAGAAGAUGAGCACGAAGAGACACGGUUAACAAGAAAUGCCAAUGUAACGCAUCCGACGGGUCGAGUGAUUGGUAUCUUGAAUCGCAAUUGGCGAUCGUAUGUUGCGACACUACAGGAGGAUACACCAAGCAACGGUCUUUUCCAUCUGGCUAUUCCUUUGGACUCGGUGAUUCCCAAAAUCAGGAUCCGCCACCAUGAUGUAACGUUGAUCCAAAACCAACGUAUUGUUGUUCGUAUCGAUAGUUGGCCAACAUCAUCACAAUAUCCCAAUGGUCAUUAUGUUCGCUCUUUAGGUCCCAUUCACCAACUGGACACUGAAAUCUCGGCCAUCUUGGUGGAACAUGGGAUCUCUGUAUCACAAGCCUCUCAAGGGUUCAGUGAGGCUUCGCUUAAAGAAAUGCCUGAAGAUUCUUCUCUGGCGCCAUGGAAACCUGAGCCGAGCGAGGUUUCAAGGCGAAGGGAUUUACGAUCACUAACGGUAUUUAGCAUCGAUCCACCUAACUGUCAGGAUAUUGAUGAUGCACUAUCGAUUCGUGACCUGGAAAAUGGACAGAUAGAAUUGGGUGUCCAUAUUGCUGAUGUCAGUUAUUUCGUGAAAGAGAAUUUCCUGACGGAUCUCGAAGCACGGUCACGCGGAACAACAGUCUAUUUAGCGGAUCGCCGUUUUGAUAUGUUGCCAUCUGUUCUCAGCGAAAGAGUUUGUUCGCUUCGAGAAAAUGUGGAUCGUUAUGCUGUUUCUGUAUUAUGGACAUUGGAUAGUAAGACGUUCGAAGUUUUGGAUACCUGGUUCGGACGGACACUUAUUCGCUCAAGUUGUGAAAUGGAGUAUGAGCAAGCCCAACAAUUCCUCAACGGCGAGACUACAGCAACCAACCUAACUGCUUCUUUAUCCAAAAAGCUAAAACCAUCCGUCGAAAAACUUGCUACCGUUCUAAGAGCAAUGCGGCAACAACGUCUAGCCAAAGGUGCUCUUGAAUUGGAAAGUAGCCAAGUCAAAUUCAAGAUUGGCGACAACCAUAACAUCUCUGAUAUCAUUCCCAAGGAUGGCUUAGAGAUCCACGGUUUAGUAGCAGAAGCCAUGAUUAUGGCCAACUCUUACGUCGGAAAACGUAUCUAUGAUGGCUUCAAAGAUGCAGCCAUCUUGCGUCGUCAUCCUCCUCCUAAUGCUGGCCAGUUUGAAAUGCUAGUUAAGGCUGCUCAAAGCAAGGGAUUCAAUGUGGACUUUUCAUCGAAUCGAGCUCUUGCCAAAUCCUUGGAAACGAUUGUCAAGAACUGCCCUGGCGACCCAGAGAUUGCGCGAUUGAUGAAAACUAUGGCAACAGUUGCCAUGAACGAAGCAGGAUAUAUAUCAUCAGGUCACUAUGCUGUGGAUCAAUACUUCCAUUAUGGUCUCGCACUUGAAUUUUAUACACAUUUUACGUCACCCAUUCGAAGAUAUGCAGAUGUUAUUGCUCAUCGUCAGCUACUAAUGUGUGUGGAGGAUCAGGUCGCUAUUGCAGAUCGACAAAACAAGGGCACAUCCAUGACUCAGGAUGGCAAAGUUAAUGAUAUUUGUGACCAUCUCAACCUUAAAUCGAGAGAAUCAAAGUUUGCACAAAGAGAUUCUACUGAGCUUUUCCAGAGUCUAUAUGUUUUACAACAUACCACCGAUGGUCCACUAAUUGAAAGCGGCGUCAUCGCUGAGAUACGAUCAAAUGGCUUCUAUGUCUUUAUUCCAAGACUUGGUCUCAAAGGACCCGUUUUUUUGAUGGAUAAACACGGUCUUCCAGUAGUGCCGCUCUCAUUACAAUCUGGCAAAUCCGAGCAUGACGAGGAAUAUUUAUCCAAUUGUACGAUCAAUGUAUCUAUACCCACCAACAUAUCUGUCCAAGCCGCAACACUUCCACAUCCGAUCCAAUUCAAUCUCUUUGAUCAUGUGCGAGUAUCACUCAAGUUGCGCAAGUCUCAUGCGCACAGACACAUGGUCUACAUGACGUUGAUUGAUCUCGAGCACACGGAAGUGACGCCGUUACCAAUGUCGAAAGAUACACUUAUGAAGACUGUGAUGGAACACUCUGACAACGUUGCUGCUGCUAGUGGUGAUGAAGGUGAAAAAGCGUUUACUGCUGCCGACUCUUCCGGGGCUGGUGGUGGUGGCAUGUCAAAACAGGAGAUAGAGACCCGUAGACAGCUAAAGAGAAGUACAAAGCAGCAAGGGAGUAUGUAUGAAUUUUUGGAACAGUUUCGAAAAAUGUCCAUUGCUGCUUGUAGUUAUAACCCUGGCACCACCACCACCACCACCACCACUACAGAUCAAUAGCCGUCAUUUCUUUAACCUUUUGUUGUAUGUACAUAAACUGCAUAAAAAUAUCCGUCACUAUUAAGUU